UCCUUUUUCCUAAUAAAAAUCUCAAUAACAGCUGACAAAAUGCAUUUUUAAGCAAAAAAUUUUAACUGUGAGGAACUGUAUGGGAAAUCACCGCCUUUCCUUCUCAUUUCUCCAGAUUGACUAGGACAUAAAAGAGUAACGGAGGAGAAGGGGAUCUCACAGGAAUUUGACAGCAUCAUGGCACAUGAGCCUCAGGUACACUAUACCCUGGACAUGGAGGAAGACAGCUUUUUCAAAACAAAAGGUCAGAAGUCAAGCUUGGUAUUUAAUAUGGACUCUAGACUGGGAAAGAUCAGCCUUUGUCUUUUAAUGGGUAUCUGUGUUCUGCUCUUUGGAAUUGUUAUCACUUUAGUACAACAUUCUCUCUGGAUGAACCGGGAACUGAAGAAAACCCAAGAGGGCAUCAGGACUUUGAACAUGUCUCUCUACUCAAGUGAAUCUGAAAAGUCUAAGGAAAUAGCUCUGCUGAUAGGCCAAGAGCUGAAGAAAACUCAGGAGGACAUCAGGACUUUGAAUAUCUCCCUCUACUCAAAUCAGACUAACGUUCCUAAGGAGACAGAUCAUGAUGACAUCAAGCAGACUCUAGCAGCAGUCCAGACAGCAAUAUUGAAUCUGAGCCAGUCUCUCCAGACAGAGGACACUUCCAGAAAAUUACAGCUACAAACAUUACAAAACAGUGUUGGCCAGGGAUCUGAAACUCUAAAACUGGUAAAAGUCUCCGUGGAUGUCUUGGCUACACAGUUCCGACAACAAGCAACAAAAAAUGAUAGUAAAGAAGAGCAGUGUCCCCUAAACUGGCAAAAGUUUCAGACAAGCUGCUAUUACUUCUCAUUGGUUCCAAAAAGUUGGAAAGACUCUCAAGAACUCUGCUUAUACAUGAACUCCGAUCUUGUGGUGAUCAACAGCCAGAGUGAAAAUGAUUUUAUUACAGGAAAACACAACAAUGAUAUUUUUUGGAUUGGCCUGACAGAUGAAACGAUAACAAACACGUGGGAGUGGGUUGAUGGCACAGACUAUGAAAGCAACUUCAAGUCAUGGCGCCCUGGUCAACCAGACAACUGGACUGGUCAUGGAAUGAAGGGGGGUGAAGACUGUGGGGGCCAUUCAGGAACUGGACUCUGGAAUGACGAUCACUGUGACCGAUUAUAUAAUUUUGUGUGUGAGAAAUAGUCUGGAGAGAAGUGAAGAUAAAACCCCAUUGCUCUACCACACUGCUCCAUCAUAUUCUCUUUAUUGAGCUUCUGAGAUCUGAAGCAAACAUUAAAGGCUGGCUUUAAAAAUAAAAGGAAAAUGUGACUGUUAAAUGUGUAGCUAGAGACAGCAAGGGCAAAUAAUUAUUUUUGAAUCUGCAGUAUAAACCAUGAACUUUUAUGUUUAUUUUAAAAAUAAUGCAAACUGCUUGUGUACCUACAGGUUCAGAGAUGAAAGAAGGUAAAAAGCCACUGAUUAAAACUGUCAGACCUAAAGGAAGAACUUCUAAGUAUUAAUAAAUGAAAUGGCACUUCUGUUGA